AUGGGGAGGGGCCAAGCUAACAGUGACUAUGAAAAUGUCAGAAAAGCUCGAAUAUUGGAAAAUCAGGCUCGGUUGACUUCGUUGGGACUGCACAAAACCAUCACCGAGCUCCGAUCCAUAGCUUCAUCUGCAAAACCACCCAAAACCCAUGUCAGAGAUUACCGCAAGAAAGUCUACGAGCUCACCUCUUUGCGCCGCUCUAAUCGCUUGAAGGAAAUAACUGCCACUGCUACUGCCACUGUCUCAAAGAACGCUUCAUUUCGACGUUCUGAGAGGUUAAGAGGCAAAUCCGGGAGUUUAACUGGCGGAGAAAGUGAAGAGAGGAGGCCUGCAAAUGCGCCUUUGGUGGAUGUAAGGAAAUCGGAGCUCCAGCUUUCUUCCGAGUCUGCGGCUCAGCGUUGCAAUAGCAAGGGCCGUGGCAGUGUCUAUCACCCGGUUUUCGGGAUUUAUUGCCAUUUAUGCAGGCAAAAGAAGUUGUGCGGUGAAGAAGAUUGCAAGCGAUGCGGUAAUCUUGAUGUGGACCAGCCGUGCAUUGGAAAAACGGAUUGUUCAGUUUGUCAUUCUAGCAGAGGUGUUCUUUGUCGAGGUUGUCUCAAGGUUAGGUACGGUGAAGAAUUGGAGGAAGUGAGAGAAAACAGGAAAUGGAUGUGCCCACAUUGCAUAGAAGAGAAAGGAGUAAACCCUUACUGGAUAUGUAACAGGUCAAGGGAUGGGAUACAAAUCAGUGGCACAUCUGCUGAUGGAUGA